CGGGUUAGGUUGGGGGUGGUGGGUGGUGACAUUCUGGGGACCUUCCCAGAGCCACUCGCUCCACUCCUGCGCCGGAGCUGCGCCGAAGGUCCGUCGGCUGGAGUCGAACUGGAGUCGAACAUAUCUGUCAGGUGGGCCCCAGGAAUCGAGUAGGGGAUCGACUACAGAAUGGAUCUACCCCAGACUUGAUUCUCUCGUCGAGUCGACGACAGAUACGCGGACUGACCUCUACGAGCAGUCUGCGCAUGUCUCCUGCACUCGACGAGACAACCAACCUUGGCGUAAAUGAAUUCUGCAGUCGAUGCCCUACUCGAAGGAGGAGGACGAGAAGGAGGACGAGGAGGAGGAGGCGGAGGCGGAGGCGGAGGAAGAGGGGAGGAGGAUGAGGCGGAGGAAGAGGAGGAGCAGGAGGAGGAGGAGGAGGAGGAGGAGGAGUGUCCCCAGCACGAGCAUCCGGGGGAUGCGGUCAUAGGCCGCCCCGACGGUGGCCCAGGGGCCCGCGGGGACGGCCGCGCCCCCCGCGGGGACGGGGACGGCCGCACGCUGGCCGCGGGGGCGGCCGCCCAGGAGCCACGCCAGCAGCAGCGGCCCCGGCCUCGACGGCACGGAGGUCGCGCGUGUCCCCCUACAGGUUGGAUUUGGAACGAAGACAUGAAGGAUGCCCAUAGGAAAAACUAAGGAAUAAUCCCAGGGGAAUCGAAAAAUCCUCCCCAGACUGUUCUGUGGACUGUCUGUGGACACUCCUCCUGUAGAGGGACGGGCCCGACUGAAGGCUGUUUGUGGAUCUUCCUCCCGUAGAGGGAUCGCUCAGCCUCGAGCGAUCGGCCGUUUCCGAAGCGUCCGUCUCCAAAUACGUUCCAGAUCGAACGGUUCUGGGUCGCCCGCGGCGUUCGGAGUUGAACGCCGCUGGCGGGGUCGCCGCCGGUCGGCACGACACGAACCCCACCGUACAGAAUUGAUGUAACCCAAAUUUGAUCUGUUCGUC